AUAGAGACGGUUGUAUGAAACCACUCUCAAGAACUGUCAACUGUCAAAAAGCAUACGACACGCAAUUUUAUUGCAUGAAUUCGUUCAAAAUAACAUCAAUUUUUCAAUAAUACGCCUAAAAGAAAAGUUUUAUUGAGAGAAAAUUUGGAAGAUCGACAGAAAACCCAUUGAAAAUGGCAGGUUCAGUGAGCAAAGGACAAGUGCUGUCAAUUUACAAGCAACUUUUGCGAGAAUCACAGAAAUUCAAUUCGUAUAACUUUAGAAAUUACGCACUCAGACGGAUUCGUGAUGCGUUCAAAGACAACAAAAGUUUGAGCCAGGCGCAAGAAGUUCAGAAACAGUAUCAAUUUGCUAAUGAAAACUUGGAUAUAAUCAAAAGACAGACAAUUAUCGGCAAAUUGUACUCCAGCGAUAGACUAUGCAUCGAAAAACAAUCGGCUAACGAGUAAGUUACAAACAUGCACAUCACAUCACAGAGCCCUUUGAAGUCAAUUGAUAGUAUUCUGCCGAACUUUCAAGCGAAUCCCAUGGAUUAAUUCUGUGUCGAACGAUGAAAUCGAAAAUGUUUAUAAAGAAAUAUACAAUAGUUUUACAGAAGAAAAGUGAAGCAAUAGCUUUUGUUAUGUCACACAUUCAUCAGCAUUUAAAUGAAUAAAAAAAAAUUGUUAUGUUUAGAGGAAAAUAA